AAGCGACUUUCUGCGCCCGAGUUGGGGGCGCGGUUUUGGAAAAUAGUAUGUCAGAGUGGAAGUCGUCGGUAGCCGGUUUCCGAUCUGCGUCUAGGUACAUUUAUUUGUCACAAACCUGUUUUUUGGCUCAGCGUCUCAGUGGCGUUCGGAAUUUUCUCACAGCAUCCUAGAGAACGACAAAUCCAGAGAAUCCUGGACCCUGCUCACUCCUGAACGCAGCCCCUCAAGGCACUCUGCUCGGCUAUUGGCUGGCAAGACUGUUCGCUAUAAUUCCGAAAGAAAGAAAAAAGAAAAGAAAAACACAAACAAAAAGCUUCCCAACAAUUUUCUUGGACAACUUCAAUCAGAAAAAAAAAAUGCCUAUUUUUCCUAAGAUAUCUUUGAGACCCGAAGUUGAAAACUAUCUCAAAGAGAGCUUUAUGAACAAGGAGGUUGUGUCUGCCUCAAGCAAACAAGAAGCAGAAAGGAAAUUUGAAGCUCUGCUCAUUCACUUGUCACACCCUCCGUCCUUCACAACUGUCAGAGUGAAUACACACUUAGCAUCAGUUGAGUAUGUCAGAGGUCUGCUGCUUGAAGAGCUUCAGAAGCAAUUCAGCGGAUUCAGCAUUCCUGUUCUUCGGCAUCCAGCCCUCCCAGAUGUCUUACUCAUUCCUGUGACUGGACCAAGAAAGAACAUAGAAAAGCAACAGUGUGAAGUGACUGUUGGAGCACAGUGUGGCAAUGCAGUAUUGAGAGGAGCCCAUGUCUACGUUCCAGGAAUUGUGGCAGCUUCCAAAUUUAUGAAAGCUGGAGAUGUUAUUUCCGUAUAUUCUGAUAUUAAAGGGAAAUGUAAGAAAGGAGCCAAAGAAUUUGAUGGAACUAAAGUAUUUCUUGGAAAUGGAAUUUCUGAACUAAGCCGUAAAGAUAUCUUCAAUGGGAUACCCGAUCUGAAAGGUAUAGGCAUAAGAAUGACAGAACCCAUAUAUCUCAGCCCUUCAUUUGACAAUGUUCUACCCAGUUACUUAUUUUUACAGAAUUUACCAUCUACUGUUGUAGCUCAUGUUCUGAAUCCUCAACCUGGAGAGAAGAUUCUAGAUUUGUGUGCAGCACCUGGGGGCAAAACUACACAUAUUGCAGCAUUGAUGCAGGACCAGGUCACCUUAAAUGCCAAGGUUUUCCUAUGCAGCCUGUUUGUCAAGGGAGAAGUAAUAGCACUGGAUAAAAUAUUGAAUAAAGUGGAAAAAUUAAAGCAGAAUGCUUCAUUAUUAGGACUUCAUUCUAUCAGGGCGUUUUGCUUUGAUGCAACAAAGGCACUUAAACUUGAUAUGAUUGAUGGCAUAGAAGGGGCACCUCCAUUCCUACCAGAAUCUUUUGACCGAAUCCUCCUCGAUGCACCCUGCAGUGGGAUGGGACAGAGGCCAAAUAUGGCUUGUACUUGGACUUUGAAGGAAGUGAGAUCAUAUCAGCCACUACAGCGAAAACUCUUUAAUGUGGCAGUUCAACUGCUGAAGCCAGGGGGAGUACUGGUUUACAGCACAUGUACAGUAACUCUGGCAGAAAAUGAAGAGCAAGUUGCCUGGGCCCUCACAACAUUCCCCUACCUUCAGCUUCAACCCCAGGAACCACAGAUUGGAGGAGAAGGAAUGGUGGGAGCUGGCCUGUCACCACAACAAUUGAAACAGCUACAACGAUUUGAUCCGUCUGCUGUGCCACUGCAGAACGUGGACACUGAUUGUCUCGGAGAUGGCAAAAGAGAAGACAUGAUCUGGCUGGCCAACAAGGAUUGCAUAGGCUUCUUUAUUGCAAAGUUUCUAAAAUACAUGAGGGGAAGACCAAAAGAACACCAGGUUAUUGGCAUUGGCCGGAUGACGAUGUUCCACCUGGUAAGUGUGGAAUCUAACAUGUUCAUUCCUCAAAUGGCAAUUAAUACCCCUGGUAAACAGUGUAGAAGCCAGCUCUUUGUUUCCAUGAAUGACUUUAAAACAAGUUUGUUAAACAGUUUAGUGUCGUGACAAUACAUGUUUAACAGGAAUGCAGAGCAGACGAUAUUAAAAUGUGGCAUUGUCUCGAAGUACAGUAUGACUGUGAGACAUCCUACGUUUAGCAGCACCUUUUUUGGUAUCAGUUAAGUAAAAGAGCAGUAAAGAAAGAGCAGAGGAAAAACUGAAAUGACUGACAUAGAAGUAUAACACUAUUAACUCUAUUUCUAGCAUUUCCUGGGUUGACUACAGAAAAAAGAAAUAAGGAUUCUACAACUGAGUAGGUUAAGAGUAAGCCUUUGCUUGUGAAAAAACUGGCAUUACAUUCCACAAGUCAAUAAAUACCCCCGUCUUCCUUGGGAUUGUUUUCUUAUUUCUGGAUCUGCUGCAUACUGCUGACAUAGCCCCACUGUGCACCUUUCUACAGAUGUGCCCCUAUGUCAGCUCCUUCAGCAAUGUAGAAGAAUGCUCUGAUGUGCAGAAGCAUAUUCAGAGUACAGUGAGGACCUAAGAAUUGAGUACAAAAUUUAACAGGUGGACACCAUUAGAACUAUUUUCUGAAAGGGAUGAAUGGGGACAGCAAGUGAGAGAAACAGCAUCCUUCAUGAGUCUGAGUGCCUCAGAGCCAUUCCAUUGGAUGCAGUAACAUAUAGGAAGGGAUUAGAUCACUGCUAAACAUCUGUGAAAUUACUUACAUGUUAUUUUAUGAAAACAAUCUUAAUUUGGGUCAGAUUAAUUUAUAUAUAGUCUGUAAAUUCUGUAAGCAGUAUAGUGCUGAUUCUAAGAGGAAAAUUUCAUUUUAUAAGCAUCUAAAACACUGGUAAAAUAUGUAUGCAAUUCAUAUUUUAAAUGUUUUAGUUUUCUUGGGUAUAGGAUAAAGUAUUAAGCAUAAAACUGCUUUAAAUACAAAAUUGCUUUACUUAUAAAUGCCUAAGAAUACUUGGGAAGAACCUGGAAUACCAGGAAACAAAUCAAAAAAAUAUAUUUAUUAUAACCAUUAUUCGUUUUAGUAAUAUAUGGAUCUGGUUGGGUAAUCGCAGAUAGGCAUUUUCCUGGGAAAAGCUUCAAAUGCUAGUGGCCCGUGCAGCUAAUACAGUCUUACUUAUCCAUCAGCACUGGACUCCUGAGAGAUACAGGUUUUAUAGCCUUAGCAUAAGAGCACUGUACACUUCUUAAAGCAGGCAAAUUGAGGUGUGAAGAAAGUGUCUUCUAGGUUCUCCUUCAGAGUAGAUGUCUCAUGCAAGAAAAUAUUCUUAACUUUUUUCACUUCAAGUCAUUCCAUUUUUGACCUUAUAAUAUCUAAGGACUUAGCAGA